AUGGCUGCAAAGGUAGACAGUAGCCCCGGGGGGGUCCCCAGCAGUGGCUCCAACCUGGGUGCCACCAGAGAGCACAUGCAGGCGGUCACCCGAAACUACAUCACCCACCCCCGUGUCACCUACAGGACCGUGUGCAGCGUCAAUGGGCCCCUGGUGGUGCUGGACCAGGUCAAGUUUGCCCAGUAUGCUGAGAUCGUCAACUUCACCCUCCCCAAUGGGACUCAGAGGAACGGGCAAGUGCUUGAGGUGGCUGGGACCAAGGCAAUCGUUCAGGUGUUUGAAGGGACCUCUGGGAUCGAUGCCCAGAAGACCACCUGCGAAUUCACAGGGGACAUCCUACGGACUCCAGUGUCGGAGGACAUGCUGGGUCGGGUUUUCAAUGGCUCUGGCAAACCCAUUGACAAGGGGCCAGUGGUCAUGGCAGAGGACUUCCUGGAUAUCAAUGGCCAGCCCAUCAACCCCCACAACCGCAUCUACCCGGAGGAGAUGAUUCAGACGGGCAUCUCGCCCAUCGACGUCAUGAACAGCAUUGCCCGUGGCCAGAAGAUCCCCAUCUUCUCAGCAGCUGGGCUCCCCCACAAUGAGAUCGCCGCCCAGAUCUGCCGCCAGGCUGGGCUGGUGAAGAAAUCCAAGGCCGUGCUGGACUACCACGACGACAACUUUGCCAUCGUCUUUGCAGCCAUGGGGGUGAACAUGGAGACAGCCAGGUUCUUCAAGUCCGACUUCGAGCAGAACGGUACCAUGGGCAAUGUCUGCCUCUUCCUGAACUUGGCCAACGACCCCACGAUCGAGCGGAUCAUCACCCCGCGCCUGGCACUGACCACGGCUGAAUUCCUUGCCUACCAGUGUGAGAAGCACGUGCUGGUCAUACUGACGGACAUGAGUUCCUACGCAGAGGCCUUGCGGGAGGUCUCAGCUGCCAGAGAGGAGGUGCCCGGGCGCCGAGGCUUCCCUGGGUACAUGUACACAGACCUGGCCACCAUCUACGAGCGGGCAGGCCGUGUGGAGGGCCGGGGCGGGUCCAUCACUCAGGUCCCCAUCCUCACCAUGCCCAACGACGACAUCACCCACCCGAUUCCAGACCUGACGGGCUUCAUCACAGAGGGACAGAUCUACGUGGACAGACAGCUUCAUAACAGACAGAUCUACCCCCCCAUCAACGUCCUCCCUUCCCUCUCGCGGCUGAUGAAGUCCGCCAUUGGGGAGGGCAUGACGAGAAAGGACCAUGGCGAUGUCUCCAACCAGCUGUAUGCCUGCUACGCCGUCGGGAAGGACGUGCAGGCCAUGAAGGCAGUGGUGGGGGAGGAGGCGCUCCUUUCCGAGGACCUGCUCUACCUGGAAUUCUUGCAGAAAUUUGAGAAGAACUUCAUCAACCAGGGUCCCUACGAGAAACGCUCGGUGUUCGAGUCUUUGGACCUGGGGUGGAAGCUGUUGCGCAUCUUCCCCAAGGAGAUGCUGAAGCGCAUCCCGCAGAACAUUAUCGAUGAAUUCUACUCCCGCGAGGGGGCGCCGCCGGACCCCGAGCCCGACACGGCGCUUUAG